AUGGCGCUCCGUCUCUCUGCUCCGUUCCUCACCUCGCGCUUUACGCCGUCGCAGGCGUCGGCGCCGCGCAGGCGCACCCGGGCCCGCUCUUUCUUUCCGUCCGCCGAUGCGCGGGCCGCGUGCUUCAGGAGACCCUACACGUCCGUUCUAAUUGUCCCCACGGGCGUCGGCGCGGCCGUCGGGGGCUUUGCCGGCGACGCCCUUCCGGUUGCGCGAGCCCUCACCGGCGUCGCCGACUGUGUCAUAUCCCACCCAAACGUGCUGAACGCUGCGAUGCUGUACUGGCCGAUGCCCAAUACACUUUACGUCGAAGGUUACGCCCUUGACAGGUUCGCAGAAGGAUCCUGGGCACUCCAACCUGUUCACCAGAACAAGGUAGGCUUGGUGUUGGAUUCUGGAAUCGAGGAAGACCUCCGGCUGCGCCACUUGCAGGUUGCAGAUGCCACGAGGGCUUCUCUUGGCUUGCCUGUAGUGGAGUACAUUGUCACAGAUGCUCCUCUGGAGAUCAAGACAUGGUUUGAUCCCAGGUGUGGGAAGUCGACGGGGAGUGUUGGUAACUCUGAUUCUCUUCUGAGAGCAGUGGACGCACUAGUGACACAUUCAGACGUGAAUGCUGUGGCAGUUGUUGCACGCUUUCCAGAUGAUGACCCAGAAGAUUCAGAUUGUUACCGGGAAGGAAAAGGUGUUGAUCUAUUGGCAGGAGUUGAAGCAAUUAUCAGUCAUCUAAUUGUGAAAGAAUUCAAAAUCCCUUCUGCACAUGCUCCUGCAGUGUUACCCCCACCACUCAGCCCAUUAGUAUGCCCUAGAUCUGCUGCUGAAGAGAUUGGAUAUACAUUUCUGCCUUGUGUGCUUGCUGGGUUAAGCAAUGCUCCACAGUAUGUCAUGAGGAAAGGAAGCUUGGACAAUGGUUGCAUAGUGGCUGGUGAUGUUGACAGUGUUAUUCUUCCCAAAGACUCUUGUGGAGGAGAUGGUACACUUGCUUUUGCUCGGGCUGCAAGAAAGGACAAGCCCUUAAUCAUUACUGUACAGGAAAAUGAGACAGUGCUUGAUGAUACUCCAGACAAGUUCGGCAUAGAAGCGCUGAAUGUCCGGAACUACUGGGAAGCAAUUGGAGUCAUUGCUGCUCACAAGGCAGGUGUCAAUCCAAAUGCUCUUAGAAGACAAGGGAUUGAUCAUCUUAAGAGUUCAAGACGAUUAUACUCUGCUCACUCUUCAAGUCCUAAGCCAUCUGCCCGUCCUCCAGUGCACGAUAAAGUACAUAUACAGCAGCUAGUUAGACAAAUUUAG